AUGCCAAGGCAACCUCAACUUCCACCUAGGUGCCCUAUCUCAAAGACAAAUUUCCCAAUUGUUGAUCCUAGCAAUCAGCCACGACUCCAGAAAACUGUAUCAGAAAGUUUUGUUUUUGAAGAACAUCCAGACUGGCUAGAUGAUCUGUUAGGUGAUUGUGAACCAGGUUUAAAACUUAAGUCUCAUCGUAGGGCAUCUAGUGAUUCUGGAACUGUUUUGGAUGGGCUUGUUGAGUUUGAAAAAGAUGAGAAAAAUGGAACUUCUUCUUCUUCUUCUUCUUUGGAGUCUGGUUGCAUAUAUGGCCCUAACUCACCUAGGAGCAAGGACAAAGUAUCAUCCAUUCAAGAAACUGCUAUUGUUUCUGCUUUAUCAGAGUAUGCCUCUCAUGCUCCUCUGCAACUUGAUUCAGUUCUACAACUACAAGAUUCAACUGAUGAACUUAAUAUGGAGGCUAAACCAUUUAAAAGGCACUCUGCUCAAAGGUCACGAGUUCGUAAACUCCUGUAUAUAGCAGAACUAGAAAGAACUGUUGAAAAAUUUCAGAAUAUCGUGUCAGAAUUGGGUAUUAGAGUUGAUUCUCUUGUAAAAGAACAUGUCUAUUUGUCAAUGGAGAACAAGCAACUAAAACACAAGUUGUCCAGAGUGCAACAAGAAAAAUUUAUCAUGGAACGUCAAUACCAGUCUAUGAGAAAUGAAAUCGAGGGGUUGAAACGUUAUGCUAAUGGCAACAAGAUAAAAACACAUUUUAGGUCAAAUUCUGCUGGUGAUUCUGAGAAAUUGCAUACUUGGCACAUGAUUGACAUGGGCAAGCUUCAAAUUAACUGAAACACUUUUUACUUCAUGUCACUUUUGAUGUUGAACAUUAGACUUCAAAUCUGUUCCAAGUUAAAAAGUUCCAAAACUUUUAUUCAAUGCAUACAAAUCCAACAAAAUAAAAAUACAAAUCAUACAUAAAAUAAAAACAAUCACCGAAACACACGAAGUGAGUGAUUUGUAGACGAGAAACCACCAUCAACAAACAAAUUGUCCCCGCUUAUAUACCUCGCGUCAUCACUCGCUAAAAACAACACCGCAUUCGCCACGUCAUCCCGCACCAACUCCACACCCUGCAAGUUGGCAUUCUUCCCGAUAAAAGCUUUGAACCCCGCCUUGGCAUCAUCCGUCCGUUCAUCCUCAUAAAGAUGUGCCAACGCGAGGUCCGUCAAAACACCAUACGGUGACACACAGUUCACACGAAUCCCAUGUUUCCCGAGCUCAGCCGCCACACCUUUUGUCAACCCCACAACCGCAUGUUUGGACGCGGUAUACGCAUGCGGGCCCAACCCUCCUAUAACACUUGCCACGCUAGCAAUGUUAACAAUUGAACCUUUUUUUAACGGGAUCAUGAUCCUGGCUGCAUGUUUCAUCCCGAUGAAUGUGCCUUUGGUGUUGACGUCGAAUAUUUGUUGGAAGGUCGAUAUGGGGAAUUCACGGAUGUCUGGGCAAGGUGGCCCACUUAUACCAGCGUUGUUGACCAUGAUAUCGAGUGUGCCGAAAUUGGAGACUGAGAAGUCGACUGCACGGGAGAGGUCGUCCUCAAUUGUCACGUCAGCGUGGAUGAAACGGGUGGUGGGACCGAGGGUCUCACAUAAGUGUUGGCCGAGGUUGUUGUUGAUGUCGACUACACAAACUUUUGCACCGUGUUUGUGGAAGAGACGUACGAUGCCCUCUCCGAUACCGGUUGCACCACCGGUUACCAAAGCCACCUUUCCUAAUAACCUUAAAACAACAAGAGGCGAAUCGCUACAACUAGCUGUUGUCAUUUGAAUCUCGCUG